GGACAGAGGACCACAUGACCAAAGCUUUUCUGUUGUCAGUUCUUGCUUACGUUAUUCUGGAAAACUGUUUAGUACAACAUGUCCAAGGACACAGCUGGUGCCAAACUGUGCUCUGUAGACUUUGAGAUAUUUGGACACGUCCAAGGGGUGUGUUUCAGAAUGUACACAGAGAAGGAGGGUUUGAGGCUGGGUCUCUGUGGCUGGGUGAAAAACACUAACAAGGGCACUGUGGUUGGCCAGGUUCAGGGGCCUGUAGACAUGAUCCGAGAAAUGAAAGUUUGGCUGAGUAAGGAGGGGAGUCCCACCUCUCGUAUCACCCGAGCCUCAUUCUCCAAUGAGAGAUCCAUCGACAAGGUGGAGUUCAGUGGCUUCAAGACACGCUUCUGAGGAAUUCUUUCACAACACUACUCAAAACACAUCCUCUCCAGCACUGCCACCACAGAACUGUUUACCUACUGUGUCUAUCGGGACUGUCCAUCCCCAUGCCACCUGUAGCGUUAUGUUUCUGCAUUGACUGCUUCCCUCCCAACAGUUCUGAAAGAUUAAUAGAGAAAUACAGAGCUUUAAAACGAUUGGAUUUUUCAUACUUUACCAAUCUCCACAUUUUCUAUGAAAUAUUUAGGCUGUGAUUUUUCAGCAUUUGCCUCAUUCGGUGCAUUCAGUUCUUUUUAGAAUUAAACCAUUUAAGUUUUCUGUUAUUAUUGUUAUAAAUUCAAACAGACUUUUGAAAAUGUUGUUGUGUCUUGUGGAGUGCUUCUGAAUGUGUUUCUUCACUCUUGGCCUUCUCUAGGCUUGAAUAAUGAUAAUUACGGUCAUGUUGCUUUGUAACUAAUUUCCCUUGAUCCAAUUAAACAAAGAAAACUAGCUAUAAGCAGAUUGCACCGUCA